ACCAUCAUGGCCGCGCCCAUGAAAUGAAAGAUCCACGUCGUCUCCGCUCUGGUCAAAUCUCACUUUCCCCCUGGAUAAGUGACACAAGUCGGUCUGUAAAUGAAAAAAAACUUGCUAUAAAAGUGCUGUACCAAGAUGGGAGACAAGCCCCUGUACCUACAAGGCUCUGGCCAGGGUAGAGGGAGAGGUCAGAUGAAAGCACCACAUGGGAACUCUGUCCCUGGUGGACGGGGGAGAGGAGGGGCAAGAUUACAGGGCUCUCUGCAUGGAAAUACGGCCGGUGUUUUAAAGACAGCAGAGCAAAGAUUCCAGACUGCUAGUGCUAAACAUCAAGAAGCAGUAAAAAAGCACCUGAAUAGCAACCAGCAGUUUGAUUCUGAUGGAGAAGAUGAUGAUGAGGAAGAUGAAGAAAUGGAAGAUUCCAAAAAUGAUGCUGGGAUUCUUAGCUCCUUACUUAAGUCUUUCACAGGCCAAACUGGUGAUUGUCAAGAUGUAGGGACUCUUGGAAAGACACAGGAGUUCCUGCUCAACUCAUUUAAGUCCGAGUCUAACAUCUGUUUGAUAUGUAUUGAAACAAUCAAGAGGAGUGAUGCAAUCUGGAGCUGUGAAGGCUGUUACUGCCCCUUCCAUGUCCCCUGUAUACAGAAGUGGGUGAAGGAGGGGGUCUACCAGCAGACAGCCCUGUCUGAGGAACACUUCCCCAAAAGAGAUCUUCCAUGGUUCUGUCCAAAAUGUCGCUAUGAAUACAGGCAGAGCCAGUGUCCCUCCAAGUACCUGUGCUACUGUGGCAAGGUGAUUGACCCGACAUUUGACCCCUGGCUUGUGCCUCACUCCUGUGGGCAGACAUGUGGGAAGUUACUGAAGCCAGAAUGUGGCCACUCUUGCCUGCUGCUGUGUCAUCCAGGUCCUUGUCCCCCAUGCCCCAAGACGGUGAAAGUGGCCUGUUUCUGUGGCAAGCAGCCUCCAUCACUAAAGAGGUGUGGUAUCAGGGAGUGGUCAUGUGGGAAGAGGUGUGACAAACCUUUGCCUUGUGGAAAUCACAGGUGUAAAGAACUGUGUCAUAAAGAUGACUGUCCAGCUUGCCCUGAGGUCAGUUUACAGUCUUGUCAGUGUGGACACAAGAAAGUCAUGAGACCCUGUGCCUCUCCUGACUGGCAAUGUGACAAGGUGUGUGGCAAGGUGCUGUCCUGUGGUGUCCAUACAUGUGAACAGGUGUGUCAUACAGCAGACUUCAGUCAUAUAUGCCCCAGAGCUCAGGAAAGAACUUGUCCUUGUGGGAAGUCAAAAGCAAAUCUCCCAUGUACAGAGGACAUCCCUACCUGUGGAGAUACCUGUGAUAAACUGCUGGAGUGUGGGGAACAUAGGUGCUCAACUAGAUGUCACUAUGGACCAUGUGGAAUGUGUCUUCAGAUGAUUACCAAGAAGUGUCGUUGUGGAGCAAAGAAGAAGGAAGUGCCGUGUUACAAGGAAUAUUUAUGUGAAAUCAAAUGUACCAAACUGAAGGAUUGUGGGAAACAUGCAUGUAAGAGAAAGUGUUGUGAUGGUAGCUGUCCUCCCUGUGAACAGCAGUGUGGUAAAACCUUGGGCUGUAGGAACCACAAAUGUGCAAGUGUAUGUCACACAGGUCCCUGCUAUCCUUGCCCCCUCACUGUAGAGGUAAAGUGCCACUGUGGCUCUACUGUCAUUACUGUACCUUGUGGCAGAGAGAAGGUGACCAAACCUCCCAGGUGCAAUAAGCCAUGUAGCAUUCCCCCAGAUUGUCACCACCCAAGCAGGGAGAAGCACAGGUGUCACUUUGGCAGGUGUCCUCCAUGUAGACAGGUGUGCCACAAGACGUCACCCUGCGGACACAUUUGUCCAAUGCCCUGUCACUCAGCCGUGCUCAUGAGAUUCCAGGAAAAGGUCCAGAGAGCUGGUCCUUGGGAGGCCAAACCAGAGGUGAGGAUAGAGACUGUGAACCAGCCGUGUCCUCCAUGUCGAGUGCCCAUGCCAGUCACCUGUAGAGGCAAACAUGAGACGAUCCAUGUCCCUUGCUCUGAGCUGAGACCGUACUCUUGUGGUGGUCAGUGUGGCCGGCAGCUGGACUGUGGCAAUCACACCUGUCACCUGGAGUGCCAUAUUGUGGAAGGGGCUCCUGAUGACAAAUUGGCUGGAUCUAACUGUGCCAAGUGUGAGGAGGCCUGUGGAAAGCCCCGUCCCCAGGGGUGCACCCACCAGUGUCUCCUCCCCUGUCACCCUGGGGACUGUCCCCCCUGUCAGCAGAUGUUCCGUAUGCGCUGUCACUGUAAACUGAUGCUGCUCCAUAUAGAGUGUGACAAGUGGACGUGUGCUGAUGACGUCACCAGGGACAAACUGCAGGCCUGUCAGAGCAGGUGCCCCAAGAUGCUGACUUGUGGUCACCAGUGCCCCUCCACAUGUCACAGUGGGCAGUGUCCAGCCCCUGACCAGUGUGUAGAGAAGACCAAAGUGACCUGCCCCUGCAGGAGGAAGAAGAAGAACUUCCCCUGCCAGGAAGUCCAGGCUGGGAAGGUCACCCUGGAGUGUGAUGACAAGUGUAAGGAAGAUAUGGUGAAACAAAAGAAGCAAAAAGAAAUUGAAGAAGCAACCAAAAAAGCAGAAGAGGAGAAAAAACAGCAAGAAGAGCUGGAGGAAUAUGAACGAAGACUGAAGGGUAAAAAGCGGAAGCCUAGAAAGCAGAAGGAAGUCGAGGAAGUUGUCCCAGUGUGGAGACUGUACGGGAAAUAUGCAGUACUGGGAGUAGUGGUGGCUAUAUUAGUUGCAUUUUCAUAUAAUCUGAUGGUACAGUGAUAAUAUUCCACUUCUUAUAGGCAAGUCCAGGAAUGAAGAGAUAUUGGAUAUGAGGGCUACCCAUUCCCUGUGGUUGUUUUUGAUAUUGUAAUUUGUAUGUUCAAUUGUUGACUGUAAUAUGUAAUUGAAAAGACGUUAAUGUUUUAGUUUGAUGUUAACUUUCCAUGCUAAGGCCUAUUAAAUGCUGGGAAGUGAUAUAAAAUUUUGGUCCUCCAUAACCUGAGACAGAUCAAAUUGUUGUAACAGAAUAAAUGAAAAAUAUGGAUUUUGAUGUUAUUUCCUAAUUCAGAUUUUAAGAAUGUGUUUUAAGGAUGUUGUAAACAGAUGAUGUAUUAGGAUCAAAGUGUAGAGGAGCCUGAUCAUUUUUGGCCAUGUAAACCAUUGUGUGGUGAAAGGAAUUGUUGGGGUUUACUAAUUAUUUAUACUUUUAUUAUAGUAUUGGUGUCGGUAGAUCAUGAUCGUUGAUAACUUUAUCAUAACAUUAAGAUAUGUAAAAAUACCUAAUACUUUCAUUAUGAUAUAAGGAUUUUUAAUUGUCAAUUUUUUUCCAGUAAUAGGUUCCGUAGAUAAGGGCUUGCCUCAUAACAGCAACAUUGACGUCCGUACGUAAUUUGUUAAUGCCCGUAUUGAAAAAUUAAGGUCUAUAGAUAAUUGCUAUUUCUUUUAUCACUAAAAAGAUUGUGGGUCGACAGCUGGUUAUACAAACGUAUAAUGCAGGUUUGGGGCAAAUAUGUUUGUCUGUCAUUUUGAUAAUUAAAAUUCGAUUCUUGA